AUGUCUGCAGCAGAACCUGAGGCCUGUGCCUGCUCCUCUUCUUCACUUGAUGUGGAAGAGAAAUGUCAGUACUAUGGCAAUUCCAGCUCUGAUCCUCCCACUGAACCACAUCCAGACAUGGACAUGUUCUGCUGUCACAGUGUCCAGGAUUCCUUACUGAGCUCUGACAGCCGCUUCACAAACUAUAGAGGGAUUCUCAACUGGAUCAUUAUCCUUCUGAUCUUGACCCAUGCUCACCUGUUCCUGGAUAACUUUAUACAACAUGGCUUCUUGAUUGACUUGAGGAAAGUCUUGGAGCACCUAAUGGAGGACAAUUAUAACUGGCCGUCUGUCAACCUGAUACUGGCUGCCAAUAUGUUUGCUAUUGCUGCUCUUCUACUUGAGAGGUGUCUGGAUAAGGAACAGACGAACCUUUACUACUUUCUCCUGGCGCCCACUUUAUGCUACCAGCGAGACUUCCCCUUCACACCAAGGGUCCGUAUCAACGUUCUUUGUAAGACGCUGAUAGAAAUGUGGAUUGAACCCAUCUUCCAGAGAUCAGAAAACUCCUUCUCUAAUAUGGACAUCACUACCAGGGUGGAGCACUUGAUGGAGCUUGUGUAUGUCAUUGCUCUGCCCUUACACAGCUGUCGUCUAUGGAUCUUCUUCAUGAUGAUCUUUGAGCUCCUGGUAGAUGUUUACCUUGGAGACUAUUUCAAGGGUAACUAUGGCAAUGGGCUGGUGUGGCUGUGCUUUCUACUGGGUCCUCCGCUGGCUGUGAUGACCUAUUUCCAUGACCACUACAUGAGUCACCAUGGCCAACAUCCUCCUGGACUGUCCGUUGCUGAGUGUUUGUCAUGA